AUGUGGCUUAGCAUGUUGCUAAACCACCCACAAAACAUCUUGUUUUCAUUUCUUCCUAUUCCUUUUUUUUCUUUACCUUUUUAUCUCUUCUUUCCCUUUUAUUCUUACUCUUUCUCUCUUCUUUCCCUUCUGUUCUCACUCUUUCUUUCUUCUUUCCCUUUUAUUCUUACUCUUUCUUUCUUCUUUCCCUUUUAUUCUUACUCUUUCUCUCUUCUUUCACCUUUAUUCUUACUUUUUUUUUCUUCUUUCCCUUUUGUUCUUACUUUUCCUCUUUUCUUUCCCUUUUGUUCUAACUCUUUCUCUCUUUUUUCUGUUUUAUUCUUACACUUUCUCUCUUCUUCCCUUUUAUUCUUACUCUUUCUCUCUUCAUCCCUUUUAUUCUUACUCUUUCUCUCUUCUUCCCUUUUAUUCUCACUCUUUCUCUCUUCUUUCCCUUUUAUUCUUACUCUUUCUCUCUUCUUCCCUUUUUGUUCUUACUCUUUCUCUAUUCUUUCACUUUUAUUCUUACUUUUCCUCUCUUCUUUCCCUUUUAUUCUUACUUUUCCUCUCUUCUCUUUUUGUUCUUACUCCUUCUCUUUUCUUUCCCUUUUAUUCUUACUCUUUCUCUAUUCUUUCCCUUUUAUUCUUACUCUUUAUCUCUUCUUUCCCUUUUUUUACUUACUUUUACUCUCUUCUUUCCCUUUUAUUCUUACUCUUUCUCACGUCUUUCCCUUUUUGUUCUUACUUUUCCUCUUUUCUUUCCCUUUUAUUCUUACUUUUUCUCUCUUCUUCCUUUUUUGCUUUUACUCUUUCUCUCUUCUUUCCUUUAUAUUCUUAUUCUUUCUCUUUUCCUUUUUCAACCUUCAUAUUUUAUGUUAUGUUUUUUUAAAUUCUCACACCUAUCCCACAUACAUCCUGCCCCACUUUUUUUCUUCAAUAUUGUUUAUUUCUCCUCUUUCUCUAAUAUUGUUUAUUUCUCUUUUCUCUCUUAUUAAUACUCCUCUUUUUUUUUUCUCCUUUUCUCACUCUCUUAUUUCUUAUUCUCACUUUAUCCCCUCUUUCAUAAUCUCACUCCUUUUCUUUCAUACUUAUUUACUUUCUCCUUUCUUUACUAGAUUAAUUCUCACUUUUGCUUCUUAUACUGUUCUAUUUUUCACUUAUUCCCACUCCUCUUCUCAUUUCAUUGUCUCUCUCCUCUUCUCACUUUAUAAUCCUUCUUCUAUGUUUAAACACUUUCUAUAUUUCAUCGUCUCUGUCCAUUUUUCUUAUUCUCGUUUGAUCCUUUUUUCUUUUCAUUCUCUCUCUUUCUUUAUUGCUUUCUCUCUUUCCUUUGAUUCUUACUCUGUUCCUUUUUUCCUUUUUAUACUUUCUUUUUUAUACUCACUGACUCUUUCUUUCUUCUCAUUAUCUCUUUCCCUCUACCCAUUUUUCUUGUCAUUCUCCAUCUUUCUUUUUUCAUUCUCUCUCUUUUGA